GAUGGUCUUCCCUACAAAGCUCCAUGAAACCGACCAUCACAGCACUAUGUUCAGCACCAUCCCUUGAUCAUACCGCCACAUCCACUAUCAUUUAAAGAUGGUCGAAGCAACGAUCGAGCCGCCAGCAGCGUAUGCUGCUUCGCCAGUAACGCCUAUCAACCUCGUUCUUCUCUCUGUGUUCGUCUUCAUCGUCUACCUCCGUCUCAAGCCGAAGGCCCCGCCGACCUUGCCGCGCGCUCCGCCGCCGACCGUAUUUCGGACCUUCACCCCGCCAGAGCUGUUCCCCUACAAUGGCCAGAACGGCAUGCCUGUGUACCUUUCAGUACGCGGUCGUAUAUUUGACGUGACAUCUGGGCGCAACUUCUACGGUCCUGGUGGCCCAUACGCCAACUUCGCUGGCCGCGACGCAAGUCGAGGUCUAGCAUGUGGUAGCUUUGACGACGACAUGCUGACGAAGGACCUUGACGGACCCCUGGACACUCUCGAGGACUUGGAUGAGGAGCAGAUGGAGGCUAUGCAUGGCUGGGAAUCGAGGUUCAACGAGAAGUACCUCGUUGUUGGCAAGCUGGUUGCCGUGGGCAGCCCGGAGGCAGAGGCUGCUAAGGCGCAGCAGUGAACAAAAUGCGAGUAGCAAACGACCGAUGACGUGGAAUGAGGAAAUUAGCCUGAGACUCGAAGAGGAUAAGUCCCGCAUCACAAAAUUUAUCCGCACACUGGCGUUCAAGAUCAUAUCAGGCAUGGUCUAGAUUGCGGUCAUAGUACUACAGGUAGUAGAGGCUCGUCAGCAUGCAUGGGCAG